UAAUUUAUUAUAAGUUGUGGAUCGAAAUAAAUAGAUCUAUAUGAGUACAUAAUUAAAAUAAAAAACACAAGAUAACCACUGAAACUAUAACAUGAUAAAAUGUAGUUAGAUUAUUCGAAAAUUUAGAUUCUUCAAAGUUUUUACCAUUCCCCCAGAAUCGUAUGGUAUCAUCCACUCUUAUCAACAACUCUAGAGGGAGCUGGCUAGGGACACACAAGUGUUGACCAGCCACACCGCCACCGACGUAACCCUCUCACCACGUGUCACCAACGUAUCCACGUGUCAAUACUACACACCGCCACCGUCUGCCUCGUCGCCCCUCCAUAUAUCUUUGCAUCUACCGGAUCCAUAAACAAAGCUAAACGAGAAAGCAGCAAACAAACAACGUACCCAAAAGGGAAGAAAAAAAGAAGAAGAUCCUGAAGCAGUUUUUUUCCCCCCUACUCCCAAGCUCUACUACGACCAUGGCUGGCUUAUCAUCGAUGACGAGAAGCGCGGCGUUCUGCCUCUCUCGGGCUUUCCCGAGAAACCAACCGUCUGCAAAUCCCGGCCUCUUCCUCCGCCGCCGCGUCUCCUUCUCCUCCGCCGCCUCCAAAUCCAAUACUUACAACGAGGGCUGGAACGCGGCGGACCGUGACAGGAGUCGGGACAAGGCCGAGAAGGCGAAGGACCGGGCCGACGACCUGACGGGGAAGGCCAGAGACCGGGCCGAGGAAAUGAAGGACAGCGCCAAGGACUACGCCCGGGACACCAAGGAGACCGCGAAGGAGGCGUCUCGCGCGGCGGCCGAGAAGGCCAAGGAAGGCGCGUACAAGGCGGGCGAGGCGGCGGAAGGCACGAAGGAGCGGGCGAAGGAGUUCGCGUACGAGGCCAAGGAGAAGGCGAAAGAAGGCGCCAACAAGGCGGCGGAGACGGCGGAGGGCACGAAGGAGCGGGUGAAGGAGACCGCGUACGAGGCGAAGGAGAAGGCGAAGGAAGGCGGGGAGCGGGCGAAGGAGACUGCGUACGAGGCGAAGGAGCGAGCGAAGGGGACGGCGGAGAGCGUGGGGGAGAAGGCGAAGGAGACGGUGAAGGGGGUGUGGGAGGCGGCGAAGGACACGACGAACAAGAUCAAGGAGACGGUGGUGGGGAAGGGGGAUGAUGAGGAUGAUGAUGGUGAUUUGAAGCGGAGGAGUGAGGAUGAUAAGAGAGGGUGGAAGACUAUGGACGGUGACGUGGUGGACAUGAGGAGGCGAGCCGGCGGCGAGGCCAAGAACAAUAGGGAUUUCUGAUGGGCUUGGGGUUUGAAUGUUGUGGUUUUGGGUUUGUUAAGGGUUUGGAUGGGCUUUUGGGAGGGGAUUUGAAUAAUAUGGUGAGUGGUUGGGUAAUUAGUGACUGUUUGCCGGCCCACACCCUCCAAUAAUAUAAUGUGUAAUGGUUUGGGCAACGGAAGAUGGAGAAGUCUUGUUAUUUGCUUAUUUCAUGAAAUCUUCAAUGAAGUGUUUGUAUCUUGUUUACUGCGUACGUAGUGCAAGCUUUGUUACUUUGAACAACGAUGGAGUUGGAUUCGUUUUUGGUAAUUGGUCUAUUCUCUAGAGACUGUGUUCCAGUCCUUCUGUACUAUUUUAAGUGAUUUGAAUUUGGGACCUCGGGAAAGGCUAUGGUGUUUGGACAUUUUGGGAUGUUCCAUGUUUGACACUUUAUUUUGUGUUUUGUAGCGUGACAUAAUCGUUCAUUGUGUGUGUUCACAUCUUAAAUUCGUUGCGAAAACAUAUGGGAUAUAUUUUUGUAUGCGUUCUCUUAUAAGUUAUAACGUCCUAGUGCAAUUGUAACAACCAUGAAAACUCGAUAUCCAACCAUGGGUCGACGUACACGUAUAGGAUAACCUUUGCUAGAGUGAAGAGUUCAGCUUUGGUUUAAACUAUAGAUUGGGGCGUAUUUUGUACACAAUUAGCAAGAGAAGCGACAAAUUGGUUGAUAUUUCAGGUUGAGGUAGAGGUACAAAUAUAAUGUCGUAGCAAGAGCCUGAGGAGCAAGUUGUGUAGCUAGGCCCAGCCUAUAGCCGGCCCAAAUCGACCACUACAUGUGAUUUGGUCUGGCGGUCCAAAAGCAAAAGACUAGGCCCAUCGAUCAGCUCCACCGGCUUGACCCUUCAGAAGCAAAAUUUAACGCGGCGAAACAGAUGUAGUGGCUGGUUAGACAUGGGCGAUAGUCGAGGUGCGCGGAUCAUAUUAGAUAAUAUUUGUACGUUCUUCAAAGGGUUAAUAUUUUCGUAUGGCCUAAACUUUGACCUAAAUAAACAUCCUAGCCAAUCUUUUCGAUCUAUAACAUCCUGGCCCGAACUAUACACCAAAAUAAACAAUUUGGCCAAACCCGAUGUUUGACCGUUAACUUGGACGGUCAAACGCGUUGACUAACGGUCAACGCGUCACGUCACUGCCAAGUCAGAAGAUCUGGUAAAUAUUUAAUUUUUUUCAUUUUUUAUUUUUGGUUUAACUAAGGUAUUAGAUGAUUUUUUUAAUUUAUAAUAAUCUAAAAUUAGGGAAUGUGUGGAAAUUGUGAAUUAUUUUAAAUAUUUUAUGCUGACUUGGCAGUGACAUGGUGCGUUGACUAACGAUCAACACGUUUGACCGUCCAAGUUAACGGUCAAAAGUCGGGUUUGGCCAAAUUGUUUAUUUUGGUGUAUAGUUCGGGCCAGGAUGUUAUAGAUCGAAAAGAUUGGCCAGGAUGUUUACUUUGAUCAAAGUUCAGGCCAAACGAAAAUAUUAACCCUUCUUCAAAACAAAGAAAUAUAACAUCUGAAAUACUUCCUAAACAACAAAGAAACUGAGAGAACCGAUUCAACAAUAAAGUCUGGUUAUUGUAAAAGAUAAUAAGCAUAAUUAAAACGACGACUUAGCACUUCAUCGGGCCAACUACUUGUUCCUAUAGAUAAAGCAUUUAAACAUGUACGAUCGGUGGGUCACAUUUUGCAUGCUAUAGCCAAAACGUCCCGUCGUCUCCCCUCUUAAAAAAGGUUUCAGGAGUCC